CACCCAAGUUUUUCUCCACUCUAUAAAUAGUUCCGUUUAUUCGCGAGCUUCUCACAUCUGAAUUCAACUUGUGAAAUCAUCUUUUUCCUUCACUAUCAUCAUCAUCAUCAUCUGAAAGAAGAAGAAUAUGGCUAGCACAGCUGGAAAAGUCAUCAAAUGCAGAGCUGCGGUUGCAUGGGAGGCUGGGAAGCCACUGGUAAUCGAGGAAGUAGAGGUAGCACCACCACAGCAUAACGAAGUCCGCUUGAAGAUCCUCUUCACCUCCCUUUGCCACACCGAUGUUUACUUCUGGGAGGCCAAGGGACAGACACCGAUGUUUCCCCGCAUAUUCGGUCAUGAGGCAGGAGGUAUUGUCGAGAGUGUCGGUGAGGGUGUAACCGAUCUCCAACCAGGUGAUCAUGUCCUCCCCGUGUUCACCGGGGAGUGCAGGGAGUGUCGGCAUUGCAAAUCGGAGGAAAGCAACAUGUGUGAUCUCCUACGAAUCAAUACCGACAGAGGGGCCAUGAUCCAUGAUGGCAAGACGAGGUUUUCUAAAAAUGGACAACCUAUUUACCAUUUUCUUGGGACAUCUACGUUUAGCGAGUACACUGUUGUACAUGUUGGUUGUGUUGCCAAGAUAAACCCUGCUGCCCCACUGGACAAAGUCUGUGUUCUUAGCUGCGGAAUAUGCACAGGUUUUGGUGCCACUGUAAAUGUUGCAAAACCUCCGAAGGGUUCAUCUGUUGCCAUUUUUGGAUUGGGUGCUGUCGGUCUUGCUGCUGCUGAAGGCGCACGGGUUUCAGGGGCUGCAAGGAUUAUUGGUGUUGAUUUGAACCCGAGUCGAUUCGAAGAAGCCAAGAAGUUUGGUGUGAAUGAGUUUGUGAAUCCAAAAGACUACGAUAAGCCUGUUCAAGAGGUAAUUGCUGAAAUGACUGAUGGAGGGGUGGACCGAAGUGUAGAAUGUACUGGAAGCAUCCAGGCCAUGAUCUCUGCCUUUGAAUGUGUUCACGAUGGUUGGGGUGUUGCUGUUCUAGUUGGUGUGCCAAAUAAAGAUGAUGCAUUCAAAACCCAUCCAAUGAAUUUUUUGAAUGAAAGGACUCUUAAGGGUACUUUCUAUGGUAACUAUAAGCCCCGGACUGAUCUCCCUGGUGUUGUGGAAAUGUACAUGAACAAGGAACUGGAGGUGGAAAAAUUUAUCACUCACUCAGUCUCGUUCUCAGAGAUCAACAAAGCUUUUGAGUACAUGCUGGAAGGAAAAUCUAUCAGGUGCAUCAUCCGGAUGGAAGAGUAAACAUGGACGUUUUGUACAGAGAGUUUUUCUGGUGUGAUAUGGAAAAGAAUAAAGUGUUUCCUUUGUGUGUUUCCUUCCCUUGUGGAAACAGACAUUAGUUUAUAAGAGAGCGUUCAAUUAAUUAAUUAUGCGAUUUACAUCCUGUUUUUCCAUAAAAACUUGUGGUAUUAUGAAGCUAAUUUUUCCCCCUAUUAA